UGUGUCUUCAGAAACAUGGUGGACGGAAUGGAUCCACACACAUUCUCCUACAACUUUAAUAAUAGACCCAUCCUUUCUCGUCGGAAUACCGUCUGGCUGUGCUACGAAGUGAAAACAAAGGAUCCCUCAAGGCCCCGUUUGGACACAGAGAUCUUUCGAGGCAAGGUGUAUUCCAAGCUUAAGUACCAUGCAGCGAUGAGAUUCCUCCACUGGUUCAGCAAUUGGAGGAAGCCGCAUGGUGACCAGGAGUAUGAGGUCACCUGGUAUGUAUCCUGGAGCCCCUGCACAAAGUGUACAAGGAAGGUGACCACGUUUCUGGCUGAGGACCCGAAGGUUACCCUGACCAUCUUUGUUGCCCGCCUCUACUACUUCUGGAAGCCAGAUUACCAGGAGGCGCUUCGCAGCCUGUGUCAGAAAAGUGACGGUGCGCGUGCCACCAUGAAGAUCAUGAAUUAUGACGAAUUCCAACACUGUUGGAACAAGUUCGUGUACAACCAAAGAGAGCUAUUUGAGCCUUGGAAUAAUCUGCCUAAACAUUACAUAUUACUGCACAUCAUGCUGGGGGAGCUUCUCAGACACUUGAUGGAUCCACGCAUAUUCACUUCCAACUUUAACAAUGAACCUUGGGUCAGAGGACGGCAUGAGACUUACCUGUGUUAUGAGGUGGAGCGCCUACACAAUGACACCUGGGUCCUGCUGAACCAGCACAGGGGCUUUCUACGCAACCAGAUUCCAGAUAUACACGGUUUCCCUGAAGGCCGCCAUGCAGAGCUGUGCUUCCUGGACCUGAUUUCCUUGUGGAAGCUGGACCCGGCCCAGGACUACAGGGUCACCUGCUACACCUCCUGGAGCCCCUGCUUCAGCUGUGCCCAGGAAAUGGCUAAAUUCAUUUCAAAUAACAAACGUGUGAGCCUGUGCAUCUUCGCUGCCCGCAUCUAUGAUGAUCAAGGAAGAUAUCAGGAGGGCCUAUGCACCCUGGAUAGUCCUAGGGCCAAAAUUUCAGUGAUGACAUACAGUGAAUUUAAGCACUGCUGGGACACCUUUGUGGACUGCCAGGGAUGUCCCUUCCAGCCCUGGGAUGGACUACAGGAGCACAGCCAAGCCCUGAGUGGGAAGCUGAGGGCCAUUCUGGGAGGCGGGGCCCCUACAGUAGUGGCAGAGCCGGGACCCCGGACACAGCUGCAUGGGCUCCAGACCCAAGUGGAACCUCCAUUCUGGUCCCAGGGUGACCCGGGCUGGGACCAGGGUGAAUCUCAGCUGAAGCCUGCACCUGUGAAGGAGGCCAUUCUCCCUGCUCCCAUCCCUGCCGCCCACAUGGGAACCAGCUCCUUCCUGUCCCCGGGGACCUUUCCUGGGCUCUGGUGGAAACUCCAGUGGGAUUGCUGCCAGAUCGCCUGGUUCAUAUCCUGGAGCCCCAGCCCGGACCAUGUGGUGAAAGUGGCCGAGUUCCUGGCCAAGCACAACAAAGUGAAGCUGAGCAUCUUCACCGCCCGCCUCUACCACGACUGUGACCCGGGAUUCCAGCAUGGGCUUCGUAGACUGCAGGACAAAGGGGCACGUAAUUUGAACACUGUUGAGAAGACUGUGUACAAGAGAGAUGCGCCAUGUCAGUCUCGCAAGGGACAGCCUGAAAACUACCCAUCUCCGGUCACCAAGUUGGAGGGGAGCCUCACAGCUGAUCCCCUCGCUCCUCUCAGCUCCUCCUCAGCCUCCUGA